UCUUGUUAUAGAUCUAGAUCUAGUCGUAUUAUAAUAUAGAUCUAUAUUAUAGACCUAGUCUGUGUUCAACUAAUCUAUAUAGAGAUAUAUAUUAUUGCUCAUGAAUGUGAACUUAACACGUUUCAAAACAUAUUAAUCAUUUUAAAAUUUUCACAUAUUUUGAAAUCUUUGUGCUAGUUUUUUUUAAAAACAAUGUCUGUAGUCAUAGCAUGGGGAGAUAGAAAUUCCGGAGCACUAGGGCUUAAUGGCUCAGAAACAAAAGUAAUAUCCUCUCCUACUCAGGUGCAUUCAUUGAAUGGGAAAGAAAUUCAAAGUAUAAGCAGUGGAGUAGGACAUACACUUGUAUGUUUGAAAGAUGGCCAAGUUCUUGGCUGUGGAACCAACAACUUCAAACAAAGUGGAAAAGAUGCUAAGCAUGUGAAACUGACUUUAGGUGAUGUUGGAGAAAGAUUAAAUUCCCAACAUGUGAUUCAAGUGGCUACUGGUGCAUCGCAUAGUGCUGUACUUACUCAAAAUCAUAAAGUUCUGACCUGGGGCAAAAAUACUGAGGGUCAGUUGGGAAGGGGAGAUGUGGAAGAGAGUUCUAGAGGUACACCUACGAUUGUGAAAUCUCUUUCUGCUUUCUGUGUGCUCCAAGUGGCUUGUGGUGACAAUCAUACUGUCAUUUUAACUCAAGAUGGACAAGUUGCUACAUGGGGAUCAAAUUCAUUUGGACAGUUAGGUCUUGGUGCAACUGAAACUUUGUUUAUAGAUGAACCAAGAUUUCUAGAUUGUUUGAAAGGGUUACCUAUAGAUCAAGUAGCUUCAGGGAGUAAUCAUUCUCUAAUACUUUCCAAGUCUGGAGCAGUGUAUGGAUGGGGAAGGAACAGCUUUGGUCAGUUGGGAUUAAAUAACAAAACUGAUUGCUUCUGGCCCAACCAAUGUAGACCAUUACGAAGUCAAAAAAUUAAAUAUAUUUGUUGUGGCAAAAAUCAUACAGCUUGUCUUACAAUGGAUGGGGGAGUAUUUACUUUUGGGGCAGGUACAUGUGGUCAACUUGGCCAUGGUAGUUACAACAACGAGUACUUACCUAAGCAGGUGAUAGAAUUAUCAAAAAGCGAGGUGACCCAGAUUGCUUGUGGAAGAUGUCACACACUUGCAUUUGUUGCCAAAUCUGGACGAAUCUAUACUUUUGGACUUGGUGUGAGUGGACAACUUGGGCUUUCAACUACAGAAAAUAAAAACACUCCAGUUUUUAUAGCAGGUCCUAUUGUCUCAGGUUCUACACAGACAGUUUCUAUGGUGCCAGACAAACAAAGUUCAGAAAUAAAAGUGAAAAGAAUAUAUGCAGGUGGUGAUCACAGUUUUGCAAUAGUCCAAGAAAAAGCUGUAUGCCAGCCAGAUGAUUAUAGAAUAAAAGAUCCAACAAAGCAAAUAUUAAGUUUAUCUCAGAGAAGCAUUGAAAAACUACAGUCUUAUCAAAAAGAGCAAAUCCCAUCAGAAAUGACUCAUGAGCUGAGUACAAUUUUCUCCAGUGUUUCUUGUCUCAAUGGCUCAUUUCUUUUACUUGAUGAAGAGCACAACAAUACCACCAGUUUAAAUCAUGGAGUUAACAUGAAUGCUGUCAAAACAUUUUUUCAUACCCUGGAGAAUCUUUCUACUGCUGAUAUUAUACAAAAGUUGUCAAUGUCAAUAGAAAAACGUUUGUACCCAUCCUUGGCUCCAUCACCACCUGAUGUAGAAGCCCUCCGAGUUUAUCUUAUUUUACCAGAGUGCCAUUUGUUUAAUCAGCCUGCAUUGUACAGUUCAAUCAUAUGUCCAUUUGCCAAGUCUCUACUCUCCCUAAGCAAAGUUGCCUUAGAUAAAAUCAAGUCAUGGUGGUGUCUAAACAAGGCUUCACAUUUUGAAAGAUUGAUAUUAAUUUACAAAAAUUGUAUCAAAUAUUUGUUAAAACUGCCACCUACUACAAAUAGCUCUGAAGCUUGUAAAAGGCAAACAGCAAUUAAUCUUUCCAUGGAGAUGUUAAAAUUAUUAAAUGAAAUCAAUGACGAAAAUCAGAUCAUCCCAUAUCAAAUGUUUUAUAUUCCUGAACUGAAAGAAGUGAUCAAUAUUAAAGAGGACUACAUCAACUUAACUUUGAGAACCAUUCAUCAGAAUCUUUUGUGGGGUGUAGCAAUUCAGCCAGGUUUAUGUUUUAGCAAGUAUCCAUUUUUAUUUGAUGUAGCUGCUAAAUGUUUAUUGCUUCAAACUGAUGCUGCACUGCAAAUGCAGAAAGCUUUUGAGACUGCCUGUAAAUCAGAUGCAAUUAAUUAUUUAACAUCCAUUGAAUUAAUGGAUCCUACAAAAGCAUAUCUUUUACUCAAAGUGAAUCGAAGUACAAUCAUUGAAGACACUAUAAGACUGUUCAAAAAUAAGAGUAGUGAAGAUCUUAAGAAACCUCUACAGGUUUUCAUAUUGGGAGAAGAACACCUCUAUGAACCAGUCAUUCAGAAAGAAUUCUUUAGAUUGAUUUUGUGCAAAAUGUUACAUCCUGACUUUGGAAUGUUUGAACUAAAUGAAAAAUCUCAUCUGCUAUGGUUUAAUCGAUCGACCUUGAAAGAUCCUGAUGAAAUUAAAAAAAAGACUGAUAUGUUUCUUUUGAUUGGAGUUUUAUGUGGACUUGGAAUAUAUAGCUCUACAAUCAUCACUCUACCAUUUCCUUUGGCACUUUAUAAAAAACUUCUGAAAAUACCUGUCACAAGAGAUGAUCUAAAAGAAUUAGAUCCUUUAAUGGAAAAAAGGUUCCAAAGUUUGCUUGAUUAUUUUGAUGAUGAUGUGGAAGAUAAAUUUGAUUUAGAUUUUCAGGAUAUAAUACCAGAAAGAGAUUCAGAGAUGGUCAAUCACACUAACAAGCGAGAGUAUGUGGAUCUCUAUGUGGACUAUCUGUUGAACACAUCAGUAGAAGUCCAGUUUCAAGCUUUCAGAGAAGGUUUUAUGAGUGUGUGGGGUGGGAGUGUGUUGGAUUUGUGCCAUCCUGAAGAGCUUCAAGCCAUGGUUCAUAGCAGUGAAGAGUGUGACUUUGAUGAGCUUCAAAUGAAAACUACUUACUCACUUGGCUACAAUCAAGAUCACCCGACCAUAAAAAUGUUCUGGGAAGUUUUUCACGAGAUGAGUUUAGAAAACAAAAAAAAAUUUUUAGUGUUUGUAACAGGCAGUGAUCGUGUUCCAAUAUUUGGCAUGAAAAAUAUUCAAAUUCAAUUUGUAGAGAAAGGUGAAGAAUUCUUACCAGUAGCCCUCCUGUGUCACAACAUCUUACAGUUGCCAACAUACAUCAAGAAAGAAACUUUAAAAGAUAAGCUUCUAAUGGCCAUCCAACAAACGGAAGGAUUUGGUCUAUAUGAUAAUUUAUAAUUAAAGUCUUUCCAGUACUUGUUGAAUAUUAUUAUGAAUUAUGCAAAAAUGAAAAUAUGAAUACUGACAAGAAUAGUGUGUAUUUGUAUUCUUUUUGCUCACAUUUUCUUCAUCUUCAAAAAAAAAAGUAAAAUGUGGUAAAAAGCACAAAUAAAAAAAAACAAAAAAACAUUUAUUUCAAGUUAAAACUUUGCACUUUGUAAUAUAUCUGGAUAGCCAAGUUAAUGUAAUGUUGUGCUAAUAAUGCAAGUGGAGAGGGUUUGAUCCCUAUACUUGACCAUUUUUUUUCUUUUUUUUCAAUGACAAAUACAAUAUAAUUAUUUUGCUAUACUAUAUGAACAUAAGAUAUGUACCUUUUGUCUGUUGGGCCAUUAGGGCGCCACACAAGAUUUGUUGACCGUCUUUCUCCAUUCCUCUCUGUCUUUUGCCUUAGUUAGAACCUCUUUCAAUGGCAGGCUCGUCCAUUCUUUCAUGUUGUCUUCCCAUUGCUUUCUCUGUCUGCCUCUUCUUCUUUUUCCUUGUACUGUUCCCUGAUUGAAGGUCUUUGCGAGCCAUAGAUUUUAAGCUUACGUUUUUUUAGGAUAGUUAGCAGAACAUGAGAUAGGAAUUUUUAAAAUUUUAGGCCUACUUGUUUUUUGUUUUUAUAUUAGGCCUACUUGUUUUUUUUUUAUAUUAGGCCUAUUUGUUUUGUUUUUAUAUUAGACCUACUUGUUUUUUUUUAUAUUAGGCCUACUUGUUUUUUUUUUAUAUUAGGCCUAUUUGUUUUGUUUUUAUAUUAGACCUACUUGUUUUUUUUUUUAUAUUAGGCCUACUUGGUUUUUUUUUAUAUUAGGCCUACUUGUUUUGUUUUUAUAUUAGGCCUACUUGUUUUGUUUUUAUAUUAGGCCUACUUGUUUUGUUUUUAUAUUAGGCCUACUUGUUUUGUUUUUUCUAAUAUUAGGCCUACUUGUUUUGUUUUUAUAUUAGGCCUACUUGUUUUUUGUUUUUAUAUUAGGCCUACUUGUUUUGUUUUUAUAUUAGGCCUACUUGUUUUUUUUUUAUAUUAAGCCUAUUUGUUUUGUUUUUGUUUAUUUUCUAUUCAUUUUUUUCUGUUUGCUUUGCAUUCUGUUAGAAAUUAAUUGGUAAAGUUCCUCUUAAAUUCCUUGUAAUGAGUUUUGUAGAUGAUGUAAAUUUUAUUUGGUUCUGUGUUCAACAGCUCAAGAGAGUAUCACAUGGAUAGCUCAAUGACCAAAUAAUUUCCUUCGGAAAAUGUCAAUUAAUCUCCAUAUAAUCAAAUGAAAAGCCCAGCUCAACCAGAAAAGUACAUUAAAACAUAAAAUGUACCAGUAUUGUCAUUCUACAUUGAUAACUUGAAAUGAGAAUCAAUUUCUUCGGAUGAUUAUAUUUAAACAAGAAUCUUACAUUUUUAAAAAUUAUAUGAGGAUAAUAAAUGAUAAAUAAUAUUACCACAUGUUAAUCUAAUUUGUCAUGAAAACUGUAUGUUUUAUGUAAUGAUUUAAUGUUUACUUUUAAAUAUAAAGGUCUGUUCCUAUGAUAUUUUCAGGCUUUUACAUAUCUUACCACUAGUUAAUCUGUCUAUAUAAUUUGAGAAUGGUUUUUUUUUCUGACCGGGAUCUAUUUAUUCUUAAGACUACAUUUUAUACAAACACUUAACAUCCUGUCUUACUUUUUAAUGAAGAAUGUUUCUAUUUCUUCAAAAAAUUCUUUUACAAGAUAUGAACGUAUGUCUUUGGAUAUUUACUUGCAACAUAAUAUUUCAGGCAUACCGGUAUAAUUUUGUAUAUAAAAUAGCUAUGUCUAUAACAAAUAAAUGAUAUAGAAACCUUUGA